GGAGGAGGAGGUGGGCGUCUCCGAGCCAGCACCGCCCCCCCGGCGAGCGCUUCCUCAAAUUGGUUGCGUCGGCGGGGGCCAGAACUGCAGAACGCGGGCACCGGGAACGUCUCAGGUUGACCGUGGUGGAAAAGUCCGACAUGAGUUUCGGGGACCGUCGCAGACAGUACUCUGGCCGGGGCGGAGAGCACACGCCAACUGUUUACAUAGAUGGCAGCUGCAAAAAUAACGGGAGAGAUGGCGCAAGAGCUGGAUAUGGCAAUUAUUGGGGACCUGGACACCCACUAAAUGUAAGCGAGAGGGUUUCUGGACGACAGACAAACCAAACGGCGGAACUGAGGGCAGCCCACAGAGCAAUCGAACAAGCAAAGAGCCAAAAUAUGGACAAACUCAUCAUUAAAACUGAUAGCAAAUUUGUCGUCAAAGGCGUGACAGAAUGGAUGCCUAACUGGAAGCAAAAUGGUUGGAAAACAGUCACUGGAAAAGACGUUGUCAACAGAAGUGAUUUUGAGAAGAUUGAUCAAGCUUCCCAAGGCAUGGAUAUUCAGUGGGAGUAUGUUCCUGGCCAUCGAGGCAUCAGAGGCAAUGAAGAAGCUGAUAGGUUGGCCACAGCAGGAUCUAGAAAAUGAAACUUAGUUUUCAUCGUAGAUGUUACCUUCUUUCUUGGAGUCACAUCUGCUGAUGCCGCCUUGAAAGUUUUCUUCCCUUUUCCUCCUGGGUAUCUCCCUGUAAAACUUUGCUCAUUUUAGUUUCCACCUUUUUCUAUCAUUGUACUAACAACCUGUUUGUCAGUUAAUAAAAACAGACUUUCUGCUUGA